AAACUUUUCGUAAUGUCAAUGUCAAAAUAAAUAACAUUACUAUUUUGAGGUUAUUGUCGUAUUAAUAGAUUAUAAAUCUAAAAAAUACUUCACAAAAUAAAUCGAAUACGGUUACCAAAUAGUCUUGAUCGCCGUAAAAUCACAUUCUCCUAACAAUAUGCUUGCCACAAGACUGUCCAGACAACUAAGAAGAACCAGUGCUGUGGUUAGUUCACGAGCAUUUUGUAGCCCUACUGGUCUGUCUGGUACAGUUGAUACUGCUAAAGAGCAAGUAAAUGUUCCUACAGAGGAUGCUGCUGUAAAAGUUAGCGGAUUUGCUAAGGCCUUUGAUAAACAAACAAAAAUGUUAGAUACAGAAAACAAAGAGCAAAACUUCACAUUUGCAUCUCUACUUCGGCAUUCUAAACUGAUGGACCUUGGUGACCCAACAAACAAAGUAGUUAUUGGUAAAAUAUUCCAUGUUGUUGAAGAUGACCUAUACAUUGAUUUUGGCUGGAAGUUCCACUGUGUUUGCACGCGCCCUACUGUCAGAGGUGAUGAGUAUGUCCGAGGAGCAAGAGUGAGAAUACAGAUUAAGGACUUGGAACUGUCUUCCCGUUUCUUAGGCUCAAGUACAGACCUUACCCUGUUGGAAGCAGAUUGCAAGCUCUUAGGAUUAGUGUCUACACCAGUCAGAGCCAAUACUACUGCACCUGUAAGUGAAAAGUAACAUCACUUAGUAUUUAUGUAAUCUAGUUAGUAGUAGUUAAAGUAAUAAAUAAUGUUAUUUAAAA